GUCCGUUGGGCGGCCGGCAGGAGGCGCCUCGAGCCGGGCUGCGGCUCCGCUAACUGCGGGCGUGGGAGCCGCGCGCGGGGCCCGCGGCCGGUGGGCUGCGCUGAGGCCCCAGCCUUCCCCCAGACAUUGGCUGAAGGCCUCAGUGGUUGUCCAUGAAGACAUGCCCACCAUGUUUUAUGGAACCCAACUGAUCAUGUCUCCUCCCACCAAGAGUAAGCUGAAGCGACAGGGCCAGCUUCUGUCCAGUAUGCUGUCCAGGACACUGAGCCAGAAGUACCGGGACCUGGACUCCACAUUCUGCAGUCUAGGCGCCAGUGAUGAUCCGGCUGAACUCUCUACCCAGCUCUCAGCCCCUGGGGUCCUCAAGGUGUUUGGGGACAGUGUGAGCACAGGCACCCACUACAAGAGCGUCCUGGCCACUGGCACCUCCAGUGCUCGGGAGCUGGUGAAGGAGGCCCUGGAGCGCUAUGCCCUGGACCCCGAGUGUGCCAGCCAGUAUGUGCUAUGUGACGUGGUAGGCCAAGCUGGGGACUCUGGGCAACGGUGGCAGGCCCAGUGCUUCCGGGUGUUUGGGGACAAUGAGAAGCCCCUCUUGAUCCAAGAGUUAUGGAAACCCCGAGAAGGCCUGUCCCGGAGAUUUGAGUUGAGGAAGAAGUCAGAUGUGGAAGAGUUGGCAGCCAGGGACGUGGAUACCACCACGGCAGGAAUAAAUGCCCAAGCCCGGAGGCUACAGCGGAUCCGAGCCAAGGGAACCCCAGCCCUUGCCUCUGAGGCUGCCCAGAGUCCCCCACCAACCCAGCUGCGCCGCACAGUCAGCGAGACCAGCCUGAGCCCAGCACCCACGCUGCCUGACACCACCCAGGGCCCUGAGGAACCCACCCCAGACACCAUGCGUUAUUCCCUGUACCAGUGCCCACACCUGCUCCUCCUACAGGGUUACAGCCAACAGCAUGACAGCCUGGUGUAUGUGCUCAGCCGGGAGCGGCACACAGUGGGCCAGCGCACACCCUCCAGCAAGCCCAGCAUCAGCUUGUCGGCCCCCGACAUCCUGCCUCUGCACUGCACCAUCCGGCGCCACCAGUCCUCAGAAAGUGGCCAGGCUGGGACCAGGGUGGUGCUGGAGCCCAUUGCCGGGGCUCACGUUUCAGUCAACUUCUCAGAGGUGGGAAGGAGCCCUGUGGUGCUACAACAUGGUGACCUACUCUCCCUGGGCAUCUAUUACCUGCUGCUGUUUAAGGACCCCUUGCAGGCUCAACCUCUGCCUGCCUGUGCCCUGGCCCGCCUCGGGGCCACACCGCAGACCUGUAAGAUGUGUGGCACUGCACUCCGGGCCCGCAGUGCCACCCCCAUGCCUGCUGCUGUGAUCCGCAGGCGCUCACUGCUCCUGGAGUUUGAGCCUGAUGUGGAGGACACACUCCUGCAGAGGAUCAUGACUCUGAUUGAGCCUGGGGGGGAUGACCACAAGCUGACCCCUGCCUUCCUGCUCUGCCUCUGCAUCCAGCACUCAGCCACCCACUUUGAGCCAGGCACCUUCAGACAUCUCCUGCUCAAGAUUGCCAAGAGAGUCCGAGACACUGUCUGGGAGAAAACCAAAGAACUAGCAGAAAAGCAGGCACAACUCCAGGAACCCAUCUCCUGGGCCAGCUUUCCCAUGGCCGACCUGGUUCCUGACCUGCAGCACAUUCUCUUCUGGAUGUCCAACUCCAUCGAGCUCCUGUACUUCAUCCAGCAGAAAUGCCCAGUGUACAUGCGAAGCCUGGAAGAAGACCUGGAUGUCACAGGCUCCAAGGAGUCGCUGUUCUCCUGCACACUGACAGCCAGUGAGGAGGCCAUGGCGGCCUUGGAGGAGGUGGUUCUGUAUGCCUUCCAGCAGUGCGUGUACUACCUCUCCAAGUGCCUGUACGCCUGCCUCCCGGCCCUCCUGGAAUGCCCCCCAUUUCAGACAGAGCGCCAUGAGAGCUGGCACUCAGGGCCUGCGCUGCCCGAGGAACUGCGCCGCAUUGUGUCAGUGUUCCAGGCCGCCUCAGACCUCCUGCGGCAGCUGCACAUGCACCCCGAGGUGGCCUCACAAAUGCUUGCCUAUCUCUUCUUCUUCUCUGGCACACUGCUCCUCAACCAGGUCUUGGACAAGGGACCCUCACUGAGUUGCUUCCAUUGGCCUAGAGGUGUCCAGGCCUGUGCCCGCCUGCAGCAGUUCUUGGAGUGGGCCAGGAGUGCAGGCCUCGGGGUGCCUGCUGAACGCUUCUUCCGGAAGCUCUCCUGCACUCUGCAUUUGCUGGCUACUCCCAGUGCCCAGCUCAUCCAGAUGAGCUGGGCCACACUGCGGACCACAUUUCCUGCCCUGAGCCCUGCUCAACUGCACCGGCUGCUGACUCAGUACCAGCUGGCCUCUGCCAUGGGCCCCAUGAGUGCCUGGGAGCCAGGAGCUCAGGACAGCCCUGAGGCCUUCCAGUCAGAGGAAGUUCUGGAGUCCUACGAAAACCCACCACCCAUUGUCCUACCAAGUGAGGGCUUCCAGGUGGACCUGGAGGCUGACUGCCUGGAUGAGAGCAUCUACCAGCACCUGCUCUACACCCGCCACUUCCUAUGGGGUCUGCGGGGCCAAGCCAGUCCUGGUAGUGGGCCUGCCCAGACUGAGGUCAUUGAGGGCCUGUACCAUACCAUCCCUGAGGGGCACCCUGAAGGCCACAGCUGCUCCCCGGCUAACAGGGAUGCGGGCAGAGGAGUCGUCGAAGCUGCCCCUGCCCACUCGCUUCCUGUUACUUCAGCUCCCUGGGCACAGGGUCCCCCAGGAAGGCAUUCUGGCCGAGGGGGCCGCAAGGGCUCCCAGGCUGGCCCCCUGCGUACUGACUCCUCUUGCCUGCUCACUCCUCCCAGCACACCGCUGGGCCUGGAGCCAGGAGGCCGCCUUGGAAAAGCACUCCCUGAAGAGCAGAGGAAUGGACCAAGUGCCCCCCCUGGUACUGUUCUAGAAGUGUCCUCCAUAAGGUUCCCAUGGAGGACUCCUGGAGUGACCAGUGGCAUAUGGCCCUGCCAGCUCCUCAUCCCCCGACUCUCUGCCCACCCAGAAGACAAUGUUUCAGCUGCUGAUGAGCCUGCUGCAGAGUCCUCCAGCCCCAGCUCCAGCACUGAGGACUUCUGCUACGUGUUCAUGGUGGAGCUGGAGCGGGGCCCAUCGGGGCUGGGCAUGGGCCUGAUCGAUGGGAUGCACACACCUCUGGCUGCCCCGGGGCUCUACAUCCAGACCCUGCUUCCUGGGAGCCCUGCAGCAUCUGAUGGGCGCUUGUCACUGGGAGACCGAAUCCUGGAGGUGAACGGCAACAGCUUAAUGGGCGUCAGCUACUCGAGGGCAGUAGAUCUGAUCCGAAAUGGAGGCACAAAGAUGUGGUUUCUGGUUGCCAAGUCUGAUGUGGAAACAGCCAAGAAAAUCCGCUUCCGCACGCCUCCUCCCUAGUGAGCUGUAGGACCGUCAUCCCCAGCACCUGACUCCCCUAGCGCCUGUCUCCCAAAUCCCCGCCAGGUGUCUCCAACCCCCUUCCAGCCCUUCCUCAGUUUUCUAAGUUGAUUGGGUAAGCUCUCACCUUACGGCCUCAUGUUGAGGACACACCUGUUGAUAGUAUACUUCUUAGUGUAUAUUUUAUUUAUGAUGGUAGAGGACACUAAGUUGUGACAUUUCUUACAGAGCUUUUAUGUUUAAAGACUUUAAUGGAGAAUUUAGAUAGAAUAAA